CUCUUUUAAGCAUCAUUAAGUGUCAUCUUCUCCGCACCAAAUUUGGACGCAUUAAACUUACAUAAGGACAACCACAGCGAUACAGCAUAUCGUCACCUAAUAUUUCAUAUUACGGCAGUAGUCAGCCUUAACCCCGUCGGAGUGGCAUGUGAAUCGCUUGGCCCUCUUCCCAUAAUGAUUUAUAAAGGGCCCAAGGUCUUAAAUGACCAGCCAGCAGACAACGAAAUCCCGACUCGCUUCUCGAGUAAAAACGCCACCCCAUCUCUUUUCGGCUUCUCUUUCUCUUUUCUUUCCACACUCCUCUCACUUUCUUUUAUAUACCUGAAUAACAAGAACAACAACAACAGCAGCAGCACAAUGGAUCCAGAUUCCCUUUUGACAGUUGCCAGUGCCGGCCUUGGCGGUCUCCUUGGUAGCAUGUACCUGGACGCACGACUUUUAUUGAGCAGAGAUCUCCACCAGAUCCGUGCCGGCGCCGCCUCUCAAAUCUAUCAUCGACUGUGGACAUGGCAAGACAAGAUGCAUCUGUACUAUCGUUUCAAGGCCAAGGCUAAGGAACAUCCUCAGCGAGUAUUUGUUAUUUUUGAAGGCAAAGCAUAUACUUUCCGUCAACUUGAAAUAGCAUCCAACCGUUUGGCCCACUGGCUCUUGGCUCAAAAUGUGAAAAAAGGCGAGAUCGUCUGCAUGAUGCUCCAAAACCACCCAACGUUUUACAUUACUUGGUUGGCCAUCUUAAAGAUUGGCGCUACACCUGCACUUAUCAACACGAACCUUGCUGAAGAUUCCUUGUUUCACUGUAUUAAUGUUGCCAACUCCAAGCUGUUUGUGUUUGAUCCAAAAUACGCAGAGGCCGUUGGUACGAUUGCCGAUCGCUUAAAGGUUGAAGGCGUUGCGUUAUAUUCGUAUGGCGAGGCUACCGAAAACGAUGAAUUACCCUCACUCUCCAUUGCUCCGACCUUGACGCCUAGUGUUCUGGCCAAGUAUAGCGUCAAGGAUACGGAUGAAAAGUUGUUGAGUGGUGUUAGUAACUCGGAUCCGGCCAUGUUGAUUUAUACCAGUGGUACCACUGGUUUGCCCAAGGCUGCUCUUAGUCAGCACGCUCGUGUCAACUUUGGUGCUAUGAUGUAUUCGGGUGUUACUGGCGUCAAACCCGAAGAUCGCGUCUAUUGUGUCUUGCCCUUGUAUCAUAGCUCUGGUAUUAUUGUAUCAAGUGCAGUUGCAUUACAGGCUGGUGCUACAAUUGUCUUGGGACGAAAAUUCUCUGCAAGCCGUUUCUGGGAUGACUGUGCCAAGUACAAGGUCACAGUGUUUACAUAUAUUGGCGAGUUCUGUCGAUACUUGUUGAGCCAACCUAAGCAUCCUCAAGAGCGUAACCAUAAUGUACGUCUCGUCUAUGGCAACGGCAUGCGUCCUGAUGUAUGGAAUCGCUUUAGAAACAGAUUCCGUAUUCCCGAAAUUUGCGAGUUCUAUGCUGCUACUGAAGCACCCACAACGCUGUUCAAUGUCAACAAGGGUGUCCUCGGCGCUGGCUCGGUGGGUCACCGUGGCCCUCUCUUCCGUGGCAUCCGUCGCGAAAUCAAACUUGUCAAGAUCGAUCCUAUCACUGAAGAGGCUCUCCGUGGUCCUGAUGGAUUAUGUGUUUUGAGUGGCUACGGUGAGCCUGGUGAAUUGUUGGUGCGUAUUGAUAACUCGGACGCCCUUACAUUCGACGGCUACUACAAGAACGAAAAGGCUACCGAGAAAAAGAUUUUGCGCAAUGUUUUGCAAAAGGGUGAUGCUUACUUCCGUAGUGGCGACCUGCUGCAGAUGGAUCGCGACGGAUUUUUCUUCUUUGGAGACAGAAUUGGCGAUACGUUCAGAUGGAAGUCUGAAAAUGUAGCAACUACAGAAGUCGCCAACGCCAUCGGUUUGUACCCGGCUUUUGCUGAGGUCAAUGUCUACGGUGCGGUUGUGCCCAAUCAUGAUGGCCGUGCCGGUAUGGCCGCUGUUGUCGUCAAGGAGGGCGAAACUUUGGAUUUCAAAAACCUCCACGCUUACUUGCGCCAAAAGUUGCCUCGCUACGCUAUCCCUGUAUUUAUCCGGUUUGUACCUGCCAUGGAAUUGACGGGCACGUUCAAGCAACAAAAGGUCGAAUUUAGAAACCAGGGCAUCGAGCUCGAAAAGAUUCCAGAAUCGGACCCUGUCUUUUGGUUGCAGGGCGACACCUAUGUCCGUUAUACUCUCGAGGAUCACGCUCGAGUCCAGGCUGGUGAAGUCAGACUGUAAAAAGAAAGAUGUCUACUGUUAAACGAUCUUAUAGAUAGAAGCAUACUAUAUAACCCGCCGCUUACCCCAUAACUCCCUCUCCCUACACGAUUCCCUUCUCUUUGUUCCUUUCCUUCUAGUGCAAUCCAUUCUCCUUCUCUUCUUUUUGAAAGAACACAAAGAUUUUUUAAGUAACAAUAUGCAUUUGGCAGUUUAAAAAACGCAGAGAUUCGCCAUUCUUUUGUUUUCUUUUAUGUAUAUAAAUUUGAAAGGGAAAAAAGAGAUACACACA